AUAUAUAAUAGCUUAUGAUGUUUAUUGUGUAUCUAGUUUACACUAGCGCCAUCUAUCAUAAAUUUAACGAGCAGUACCAUGAUCUGCAUAUUUCGUUUAUCUACUCAACGCUAGAUGGCAAUGCGAUCGUAAAAAAACAGUGACUCAUAACGUAAGUAAGCACGUAUCCACAACCAAUAGUGUUUUGUAUUCUUCGAGCGUAAUCGGUAAAGUGGAGUCGUGUGGAAUGUGCUACAGUAGCGCACGACCGCUAACAAUGCUUCGCGAAAAAGCCGACACUCCCGCGCAAGUGCGAUAAAGUUUUAAAACAAAACAAUGUUAUUGAGAAGAGAAAUUUGUGCAUACGUAUUGUUUAUGUUAUGAACAUUGUUUCGUGUUUGAAGUUUUGAACUUGGAUUUUUUAAAAGAUUGUUUUCGCUGACUGUCUUUUAUUUUGAGGGUUUACAAGAAGACUUCGAAAACGAUAUAUCCAGCGUGAAAACAAUAAAAGAUGUCGAAUUUUCAACGAACGCGCAGUAAGGUGUGGUGGGGUGACUCACCUCCGAACAUCGGGAGUCCAGUGGCGCAGGCGCAGCAGCCGGACUGGAACCAAAACAAUCGCAGAGAUGAACCCGAAUGGGAGCCUCAGCUGCCUCAUUGGAUCGCGAAUCAGCCCGACCAACAAAGGAACAAUAGCGUAGAUAAUAUUGCGCAACCGAACAAUGUGCAAAUAAACCAAUGGCCUCUACGGCACGGCAGUCCCGGCAGUCAUAAAAGCCAAGAUUCUGGAUUUUCAGAUUCGGAUAGCUCUCCGCCACCUUCGCAGUAUUAUCCAGAGAAUAAUAAUGAUUCUAAAAAUAAAUCUUCUAGUAGUAGCGAUUCUAAUAAUAAUGAGAACGUUACAGUUAAACUGGCACCUGAUUAUCAGACUCCGACUAAAGAUGUUGUUGAUAGUGUAGAGGAGCCUGAUAUCGUUAUGAAGGAGACUCCGACCCCUAAGCCCCGCCUACGUAGUAGCAGUGUCAUACAAACACCGUAUGACUUACAAAUGUAUUACGAAAUCCACCAUGACGAAGAACACAUGGAACUUUUGAAAGAUAAAAUUCCAGAAGAUGUUAAUAAACUCAACAAAAGUGAUACACCAAAAAAUCUUAUCAAUGAGAAAAAUAACAAAGACAAAAAAUCUAGAAAUAAUUUGUCUAAAGUUGAUAACUCGAAUGCUAAUUUAAAACCUCAGGUCAAGGACGUGGAAAUUAAAGUUACACCCCCCACCACUAAAAUUAUAAAUUAUUUGAAUGAAAGUGCAAUAACAAAUGAAACCAAAGAUAUUACUUCCAAAAAUAUUAAUGUAUUAAGCCCAUCUAAAAAGUAUCCGGUUAAAAAAUCAUUUGUAUCCAGCACAGAUACUGACAGCACCAAAAUUAGUAAAGUAGCAAAAGUGAAAGAUUUAGAAACUAGUAAAAUUAAAUCAGAUGAAAGCUUGGAAAUUAUCAAGCUAGCAAAUGAUAAUGAAAUUGCAGUGAAUAAUCAGCCGAGAGUUCGAACACCGAUAUCGAAUAUUUCUUACGUUCCCACCGAGAGAAUCGCUGCUGCCAAGGCUGAUUUCAUAAGAUCAAUGUCAAAUGAAGAAAAUAUUCCUAUUACAACCACGCCGAGGUUUGAAAGAAAUAGACUAAACAAAUCUUUGAACUUUGAGGCCCAAAGAUUAGAUCAACAAAUAUUAGAUAUCCAAGACGGAUAUCAUUCAUUAGGUUACAUAGAUGAAGAUAUUAUUAGAGAGGAAAUAGACAUUCCAACAGAAGAAAUACAUAAACCAACCAAAGCUCUUCUGGGAAAAAAUAUUAUGGAUAGUUUACACUUAAAACCCAAUAAGAAGAUAGGGCCAAAAUCUAAACAUCACCGUAUUGCAGCAAAAGCCGACAAAAAGGAUUUGUUCAGAAUAUUUCCUUCAAAGAAAGUAAAACCUAGUGUUGUUGAAAAGCAUGCAGGAGGUAUAUUGAAUGGAAGCAGAGUACCAUCUUUAGGACUACCAAGGACUGCAGAACAUGAUUCUUGGGUAUUGGUUGGGCAUCCGGUACAAGAAUUACUCAUACCUACUUACAACGAACGAUCGGUGGAUGCUGAUAGCAAUUUCAAAUCAAGAUCUAAAGAAGAAGAAGAGGAAAUUUGUUAUCUAAAAAAUAGAAGAGUCACACCGCCGCUUCAAUUUCAAGACAAACAAAAGAUACCUUACGAAACAGACACCAAGUCAGACAAGGAUUUAACACAUGAUUCUAAAAGGGAAAAAUUAAAAGAAGUGGAACUAAAUUUUGCAGAUGUACAGUUGAAUCUAGCUUGUACGUCCACACCAAAAAUGUUAGCCCCUCACGAAUAUAUGAACGGAAUCACACCAAAGAGCGUUAAAAAAAAUACUCGUAGAGUUAAUUUAUUACAAAAUUUUAAUACUAGCGGGAUAGUGCUGAACAACCAAAAUGAGAUAUUAUAUAGGGAAAGAAGUAUCGACCAGACUAAUUUGGAAAGGCUGUGCGAAAGGAAACCAGAGCCAGUCCAGCAUUGGCUAUGUGAUCUAGUAGGGUCUUGUGAGAACGAGUGUAUGACGACACUACAGAGCAAGCCACUGGGUACCGAAAUGAAGGCGAUGGUGACUGCCAGCUCGGCAACUAUCACCGGGAACAUCAAGAAAGUCCAAACUCACGGGCAGAUCAUCAUUCAUCAAUACAGCGACGUUCUGAGGCAAAUGGACUCGAACAAAUCAAGCGAAGAGCAAAUUUGUUUGUUAGUUGCGAAUAUAAACGAGUUUGUGUUGGCUCAUAGCAUAACUCUCAACACGAAGCCACCCGGAGAAUCCCCAGAGAGAUGGGACAAAAUAAAGAAAUCGCUACAAUUGUAUCUGCAGAAGUUAAUAGACAUCGGUGAGGACGUCAAAGUUGAACUCAACGAGAGCCACCCGGAGUGGAAUUUGGUGCAAAAACAUUUGGACACGCUGAUCGGAAUCUUUUUGGAGACGACGAAAGCUGUGUUAGUGCAACAAAUGAAGACCCUUGUAUCAAUAAUCGAAGAACCACCAUCCGACAUGCUCCUCAAAAGCACACUGACCUCGAUAGGCCAUCUAGCGAUGCUGAGCGACAACACAGAAAGCUCUUUACACGAUAAAUGCGCUAAAAUAAUGAAGAACAUCACCGAAUUGCCGUUUGUGGACUGCGGGGUGCCGAGAGCGCUGCUUAUCGCGAUAAUUGAAAGCAACAAGAGCUCGAUAAAAGCUUUGUCAUUGAGGGCCUUAGCGACUGUCUGUGUAACCGCCGAUGCUGUGAAUCAAUUUGAGGAGGGUGGCGGCAUAGAAAUUCUGUCGGACAUUCUAUCCGAUCGUUCGAACCCGGAACCUCAAAUGCGUGAAGCCAUCACCGUACUCACGCAAAUCACCGCGCCGUGGCUGCGCGGUCACUACGACCUCACUCAAUUGCAUCUGUAUUUAAACUCCAUCGUCGAAAACAUCACUGGUCUUCUUUGCCGAACGGAAUGUUGUCAGUUAUUAUUACUGUGCACCGCGUGUCUGGUGAACUUGGUUCGAGAGCUUGAACUAGAGAAAAAGGAAGACGAGAAAACCACCACAGCAUCAGACAUAGUGGAGGUGUUCACCAAGCACAGGACCGUUGAACGAUUGCUUGACGCCGUGAAGAAACGGGGGCCGAGCAUAUCCAUAUUUCUACAAGAACAAACGGCGUCGUUCCUAGCAUCACUGUCUAGGAUCCCGCGCUGCGUGCUCCCGCUAUCGAUGCAGGCGGCGGUGAGCGCGGCGCUGGUGUGCUUCACCCGCUGCCCCCCCUCCCCCGCGCAUGCGCCGCGCGCCGCCGAGACCAGGGCGCGCGCCAGGCUGCACUGCCAUGCUGCCGAGGCUGUCGCUAGAUUGACCCUGGUACCAGAUGUCGCCCAGCAAAUAGUUCAACUAGAAGGAGUUCCUCAUCUUACCAAAUUGGUAAGGACGCAGCGAAUCCGACCGCAGCUCAGCCCUGCUCCAAGCGACGUGAACCCUGACCAAACCCUCAUACAUUGCCUCAAGGCACUGAGGAACAUCUACAGACAUUACCCAGAAGCCUUCCAAGACCUCCAGAAAGAGGUCGACGACAUGAUCCGGCCACAUCUGAUGGAAUCCCUCAUGCUGUUCUCAGCUAAACAAGAGAGCUAUGUUUAAUUCAGUCAGGUUACCGUCGAUGAACUCAGUUUUGGAGAUUUCGAUCCCUGACAACACCCUCAUACAUUGCCUCAGGGCACUGAGGAAUAUAUACAGGCAGACGCUUUCCUAAACUAUCAGAAAGAGGUCCACGAUAUGAUCCGAUCACAUCUGAUAGAAUCCCUCAUGCUGAUCUCAGCUAAACAGGAGAGCUAUGUUUAAUUCAGUCAGGUUACAGUCAAUGAACUCAGUUUUGGAGAUUUCGAUAUCAUUGUACUUUUCCGCUUUUCAAGACUAUCAGAAAGAAGUCGACGAUAUGAUCCGACCACAUCUGAUGGAAUCCUCACGCUGUUCUCAGCUGAACAGGAGACCUAUGUUUAAUUCAGUCAGGUUACAGUCGAUGAACUCAGUUUUGGAGAUUUCGAUGUCAUUGUAUUUUUCUUAUAAGUUAAUAUGAAUGGAUGUGACAAUGUUUUUGUAGACUGCACCACCUCAUAAUGAAAAUCUUUAAGUACCUUUAUCGAAACAUUCCAUUUUCCUUUGUGAAUUAGUAAUGUUGUACAGUAUACCUACAUAAACUAUGUUUUUAGUUUAGAUAAAAUACAGAAAUAUAUACCUAGUUCUUAAAUUGAAUAAAUUAUUAAAUUCCCUUAGCCUAGCGUUGUAAAUACCGCAUGUUAUAAGUACCUACUUAAAUUUUUUUUGGUAAAAAUUUAUCAUUUUUAUACUACCCAUGCUAGUGUUAUAAAAGAGGCCAUACUUUUUGCUAGUCUUAUAUUCAUGUAUAAUUAUUCUUUUAAGCUACACUAAAGGGUUGGCUCCAAUCUUUAUUUCUUUUCACAUAUAUUCAUGGAUUACAAGACUUGUUGAGUGCUAACACUUGUUUUUUCUCUAAUUGUAUCCAUUUAUAUGAACCUCGAAUAUACCACCUAUAUAAGUUUGAUAGACUUAAAAUUGUAUAAUGAGAAUGUACUUUUAUGUAAGAAACUGUAAAGAUAUGAUACAGAUGAGAUAUCGAAGUUUACACUAUACUGUUAUGUUUAUAAAAUGAAUUAUAUACCCA